AUGGCAUCGAACGAAAUGGAAAUCACACCUGAACGUAAAAACGCCUUACUUCAAAGUGAUGAUGACAAUACCACAGCAAAAAUCGAUUUGACAACCGUUGAAACAGCUGAAAAACCGAAGAAAAACUGCAAUGGACGCAAGUCCAGAUCGCUCUCGCCCAAAGCAAGCUCAAAGACGAAGAAAGGUGGUCCAACUGUCAACGCAUCGGAUGAAGCAAACCACAAUCAAAUAUUAUCGCUGUUGACUGCUAUCAAAGAGCAAAAUGAAGGUAAUUUGGAGGACGUUAAAAAGCUCAUCAAGAGAGGAGCUAAAAUUCAUUCGACAGACAAAGACAAGCGGACUCCUCUUCAUUUAGCUGCUAUGAAUGGUCACACGGAUGUCAUUGAAGAGCUCAUCAAAGAUGAAGCCGAUGUUAAUUUCGAAGAC